AAGAUAUAUAAGGAAAAGGACAUCCGGGCAAUAAGAUCUCCAUCUUCGGACUCUGGAGACUGCUAAACAAACGUCCACAGCUCAGUCUGCUCACUCCGGAACUUGGUGAUAACCUCACUUGCACAACGUUAACCACAUUACAGCGAACAAGCUUCUCAUCUCUUACUGCUCUCACCCUCCCCUCCUCGUCCCCAAACAUGGCGUCUCCAAAAAGGGCGUCCGCAACCAUGCUGCCCAACACCAAGCUGAAGCGUCGCUUCUACGAGUCCAUUGUCUUUGGCGUUGCCCUCAAGAAUAUAUUCCACAACAACUUUGAAGUGUCCGACAGGACGCCCAACAGCGAACCAGAUGCCAACGAAGGAGCAGAGCAGGCGUACCACCGCUUCGUCUACAGACUCGCCCAUAUCUGCGACAACGAAAAGGGCGGGUCGACAGUCACCGCCAUUGCAGUCCUCGAGGAGCCCGACUGCAUCCGUUACCUCGUGGGGUCCAACGAAAGAAAGGGGCAACAAGAAGUCGAGGUCAAAGACUUCCUGACCAAGAUUCUACGAAUGGUCGGGAAAUGGGACCACCAAGCUACUGACGAGCAUACGACCCUCUGCACCGCUCUGUUUCGGAGUAUCCUUCAAUUCAACCUGCCUCGAAUCAAGGCCUACUUGGCCCAUCUGGCAAAGGCACUCGACCUCUGCAUUGACCACUGCGACAGAGACAUCAAUGGCAUGAACAGAGAUUCGGAAUACAUCAAGGGGGUUCUCUCAACGCUCCGGACCAUGACUGGCUUUCACCCCAAUCGCGAAAUGGAACACGGCGAUUACAUGCUCGCUUGCCAAAGGCUCAUUCGUGAGAUUCACCGGAACCACAAGAUCUCGCGGAUCAACGAGGCUAUUGUUGAGCGGGCCAAGGAGGGCCAAAUCGACAGUUCAGACCACUGGGUUGAUUUACGGCACGUCCUCGGCCGGCUGCACGCCUACUACCAAGACGUCGAGACCAUCAUAGGGGCGCGAAGGCGCUGGGUCCAACUCUUCCACGACUUCGAAGUGACCGUCAUCCAGUCCAGCCAGCCGGCCCCCAGCCCGCUAAAAGGCAACAAGACCAACGCCCAUGACACGAUCGGACGCAUGGUCUCCUCGACGGACGAGAUGGCUCGGUACCGCGGGUACGCAGCCGAGCUGCAAACGUUCGGCCUCGACGAGCAAAUCUCCCUCCUGGCAAAGAAGGAGAGUUUCAGGCCCAUCGUGCACGCCGAGGUCCUUGUCCACGGCGAGGCCCUGGACCGCAUCAAGGCUAGCGGCCCCGAGCGCCGCGCGCGGUUCUGGAACGACUGGAAGUACGUCGGGAGCAGCAAGCCCACCUGCCGGCUCUGUCGGUACUACUUCGACGUGCACCCGGGCGCCGUCCAGGUGCGGUCGACGCACCGGAACCUGUACCCCCGCUGGCGGCUUCCCGAUGCGCACGACCCCGCGUCCACGAAGACCCGCGAUACGUUCCUCAACGAUAUCAACAAGAAGCUGCGCGAGGACGUGCUGCGGACCCUCCAGGAAAGGAUCCCGCAGGGGAAGAAGCAUGAUUCGAAUACGACGUCGCAGAUGCCGGCGUACUUUGGCACGGGGGACACGGAUGCUCACAGGACCGUGAGUGAUUUGGCCUCCAGGUUCAGUGGGAUGGGCAUGAGCGUCGGCGUCGGCGAGGAUUUCGGGUCGCCGAGAAAGGAGAAGAAGGGACCACCGUCCGUCAAGGAGUUGCAGGAGGAAGAUGAGGAUCUGUUCGACUCGGGGGAUCCGGGUAGCGGGGGCGAGGACGUUAGGAACCUUUCUGGAAAGGCAGACACGUCGGAGGAUGCGGAAGACAGUGACGACAAUGGCGGGGUAUUGCUUUAUACUGGGAGACGCUGAAGAG